GGAAAAUAUAUUAACUUAAUUUUUAUAAAUUACCUUACGUUAAUUAAGGUUAAAUACUUUUUUAAUAUAAAGUUAAACUACUAUAUAAUAAUUAUAAACCUACUUAAGCUCUUUAAAAUAACCCUAGGGAUAGGGAAAAAAUAUAUUUUAUUAAAAUACUAA